AUGGUCCUCCGCAUCCGCCUCUCCCGCUUUGGCACCAAGCGCAACCCCAUCUACAACAUCGUGCUUGCCCAGGCAAAAUCCGCACGCGACAAGAAACCCAUGGAAGUCCUAGGCACAUAUAAUCCAAUCCCGCAGACACCGUUGGCAUCGCCAGAUACUCCGGAAUUCCUCCCGUCGGGCGAGAGAUUUGUACCCAAAAAAUUCAAGGAUAUUACGCUCGAUAUCGCGAGGACGAAGUAUUGGUUGGGUGUGGGCGCACAGCCGACGGAGCGGGUGGCGAAGUUGUUGACGAUGGUGAGUUAG